AUGGGUGCUUGUCAUACUUCUAGACAAAGAAGAUAAAGCGAUGUAAUGAGGAUAAGUGAAAGAAUUUCACCUCAGAAAUUGGAUUUCACCUGCUAACGGUUGUCUCUAUAUUUAGAAUUGGUUGGAGAUACUCACACUUUAGGUGGAUACUUACAAGAACGAAUUCAAACUUUGCUUGAAAUUAAAUAAAAACUAAUUAUUGUUAGAUGUUAAUAAUCUAAGAUGAAAUUGCUGCAUGAAGCAUCUGAAAUUAUUGAAUACUUAUACAAUGAUAAACACUUUAGUUAAGCAUUUCCUAUUUUAAGGGAGAGUCUCUUUGAAAUCACAUAAGUGACAUUUGUUACGGAGUGA